CUCAUACCUUCUUCUCUGUCUUUUAUCUUCUCUUCUUCCUGAUCGUCGCUAUAAUGGAUGCGCGCAUCAAUUUUGAUAUAAAUGAGUCGCUCAAGCACUAUAGUAUCGACCCCGCGUCGAUUGCGACACCAGAGGCCCCCUCUGAGCUUGUCGAGUGCGAACACGACCCCGAAUCGCUGACGCCCGCGUUGAUUAACAGCGAGCUGAAUCCUGUUGUUGAUGCGGUCGCGGAGAGCCCAGAUGCAAUUACUCGCAGCUCGUACUUCGAUACUCUGCAGUUUCUACUCAAGUGUGUUCCCGUUAUUUCUUUGCAUGAACGAUCACCUACGGCAGAUCCUGACUGUGAGCUUUUCCUCCGCUCUAGAACAUCCUCUCAGAUACCCCCUACCACUCUCAGUAAAAUUCUCGACCUCCUAGUUUCGGCAUUGUCCACGCAGGCCGACAUUGUGCACUCCGAUUUGGAAGCCGAUGAGCAAGAGACGAUACAACACCACAAGCAGUUACUGGAAAUAUAUGGCUUCCUACUUCAAUGGACGCUGUCGGCGGUCGAGACAAGAGCGAUGGAGAAGUCGGCAUCUGCUCCGGCGAGGGGGCGGGGCAAAGGCGCAAAAGCGAAGUCUGGCGCAAACAAGGACGGAAACUGGGACGCGUCACGACAGCUGGAGACAGCUCUCGAUAUCAUGAGUAAAGUACUGAAACUGAAGCUGGCGAGGAUAUUUGUCACAACGUCGGAGCGGGACACCUUCAUUAGCCUUUUCACAAAGCCGGUUUACCACGUCCUAGAGAAUGAAGCUCGGGUGAAGAACACAGCCAUUCGGAUGCAUUGCUUCAGGGUACUAUGCAUCGCAAUCAAGCAUCAUGGCCAUGCCUUUGGCGCCCAAACUGCCAUCAACCAGAACCUCUCGUAUUUCGAGCAUUUGUCAGAGCCAAUGGCCGAGUUUUUGCAAAUCCUGGCCGAGCAAUACGACUACCCACAACUCACCGAGGAGGUCCUAAGGGAUUUGAGCAGCAAAGAGUUUAACAGUAAUGAUCUGAAAGGACCAAAGUCGGUGUCGACGUUCUUGACUAAAAUAUCGGAGUUGACACCGCAUCUGGUCAUCAAGCAAAUGACGUUGCUUGCCCACCUUCUCGAUAGCGAGUCAUGGACUCUCCGCUGCGCAAUUUUAGAAGUUUGCGGCAACCUCAUUGCCAUGCUUACGAAACAACCUGAAGGAGACCAAGGUGAAAAUCAUAAGCGACAGAUGAAAGCGUUUUUCGAGGUUCUCGAAGAACGAUUUCUAGACGUGAAUCCCUACUGCCGAUGUCGAGUUAUGCAAGUGUACGUUAAGCUUUGCGAUCUCGAGCAAAAGUUCCCGAAGCGUCGCCAGAUUGUUGCGGAACUUGCGGCAAGGAGCCUCGAGGAUAAGAGCAGUAAUGUUCGUCGCAAUGCCAUCAAACUCCUCGGCAAGUUAGUUUCAUCACAUCCAUUCACUGCUAUGCAAGAUGGCGGCUUGCUCUCAAACAAGGAAUGGGAGAAACGGCUGGAAUUAUGCGAGGCAGAGAUCAAUAAGCUGGAACCACCUCAGGAACUCCAGGAACACCCCCGGCCAGAUGAACGAACCGUCGAUGAGACUUUGCUGCAAGACGCCACCCAAGUCGAGAAUGAGCAUGCACCGGAGCCCAAAAAUCCCGGUGAAAUGACUGACGAAGAAAAGCUGGCCGCAAUUCGGAAAGUACAAGAAAAGGCCGCCACUGCAGAAGAGUUGGUGAGCUUCAAGACGACACGAAAGUAUUUCCUGGAGGCUCUCCGAUUCAUCGAAGUCAUUGAUGAGGCAGCCGAGAUUGUGACACAGUUGCUGUCGUCCAAGAACAAGAGCGAGGUCAUUGAAGCAAUGGAUUUCUUCACCAUUAUUGAUGCCUAUAAGAUCCAAAAUGCUCGACUCGGGAUUCGAAGAAUGCUUCGCUUAAUCUGGACAAAAGGCAAUAAUGACGAAGGGAAAGGUGUACAAACGCAUCUUAUCGAGUGCUACAAAGGCCUAUUCUUUGAUGCGCCACCGAACUUUAACGCUAACGAUGCGGCCAACUACAUUGCCAAAAACAUGAUUAGUCUCACGUUCGGCACUACCCCUGCUGAAUUGACUUCCCUUGAACAACUUCUCAGCAUGAUGAUGAAACAAGGCUUGGUCAAUGACCUCGUCAUUGAGAAAUUGUGGCAGGUGUACGGCUUCCAAAGGAGGGAGAUAUCCAAGAGUCAGCGCCGUGGAGCUAUCAUUGUGCUGAGUAUGCUUGCGCUUGCGGAUCCAAACAUUAUCGUGAAAGAGAUGGAGACUUGCCUACGCAUUGGUCUUGGAGAAAUUGGACGACGCGACCUUGGAUUAGCCAGAUACACUUGCAUCGCUCUUCGCCGCAUCAGCCCACCCCCAGGAAAGCAGUCUGCGGGUGCUGCCCCAAAGCAAGUUGUCAAGCUACCAAAUGAUCAUGCGGUCCUCGUUCGGUUGGCUGCCAUGACUGAAAUCAUGUCGGACAGCAAGGAGUGGUUUGGAGUCGCUGAACAAGCUAUUAGCGCCAUUUAUGUCUUGUCAAAGCAUCCGGAUGUCCUUUGCUCGGAGAUUUUGAGGCGCAAGUCCAAGCAAGUUUUUGCUUCCCAAUCUCAGCCACGACCCUCAUCCAGCGGGUUGGGAGUAGAAGAAGCCAGCCAGUUGCCUACCACGGACAAAGAGGACACAACCCCGGAAGAUGCUCCGGUGGAAAUUCAAGCUCCAAAUAAGAAACAGAACUCUGCGCUCUCUCUCUCCCAGCUGCUCUUCAUCGUCGGUCACGUCGCCAUCAAGCAGAUAGUUCACCUCGAGCUCUGUGAGCUAGAGUUCAAGCGACGGAAAGCCGAGAAAGAAAAGAAGACUACUCCUUGCCAAUCUACUGCUCCUGAGAAUGUAUCACCGGUGAAAAAAGGUAAGAAGAAGUCUGCUGGGAAAGAACAAACACCCGCCCCUGAGGAAGCCGACGAAUUGGAUCUCAUGGCUGGUACCACAGAAGACGACUUCACCGAAGCGAUUGCACACAUUCGCGAACGCGAGCUUCUGUACGGCCCGCAAUCACUUCUCUCAAAUUUCGGCCCUUUGGUAUCGGACAUUUGCGCAAACAAUACCUCGUACAACCAUCCUACACUGCAAGCCCAAGCAGCUCUCUGCCUCGCGAAGCUUAUGUGUGUAAGUUCUGAGUACUGCGAAGGAAACCUUGGUCUCCUUCUCACUAUCCUCGAACGAAGCAAAGAUGCCGUUGUCCGUAGUAACCUUGUCGUGGCCCUUGGAGAUAUGGCUGUCUGCUUUAAUCAUCUCAUUGACGAAAACACCGACUUUCUUUACCGCCGUCUAAACGAUGGGGAUCCUAGCGUCAAGCGCACAUGUCUUAUGACACUGACUUUCCUCAUCUUGGCUGGUCAAGUCAAAGUCAAGGGUCAGCUCGGCGAAAUGGCGAAAUGCCUCGAAGACAGCGACAGGAGGAUUGCGGACAUGGCGCGCAUGUUCUUCAGUGAGCUGGCGACGAAAGAUAACGCCGUCUACAAUCAAUUUGUCGAUAUGUUCAGUGUGUUGAGCGCGGAUACCGGCUUGGACGAGGAGGCGUUCAAGAGGAUUGUCAAGUUCUUGGCGGGUUUUAUCGAGAAGGACAAGCAUGCCAAACAACUGUCAUCCAAACUCGCUGCUAGGUUGCCGAGAGCGGAGAAUGAGCGACAGUGGAAUGAUGUCGCGUUUGCAUUAGGCUUACUCCAGCAUAAGGACGAGGAUAUUCAAAAGAUGGUUGCGGAGGGUUUCAAGGUUGUGCAAGCAGCGGCGUAGUGGCUAUCUUAUUGAAAAGAUUUUU